GAUGAAAUGUGUUUGUCAACAUUCUAUCGAUCUUGUUUUAUUAAUUAAUUUUAUGUAUUCUAUUUUAUAAUGUAAAUCUACAGAAAAUUUAACUGAAAAAGAAAGUUUUCAACACAUUUGUUUCGAUAAAGUUCUCGCCCUUAAAUUUUAAAACGCUUAGUAUAAGAAAACAACGCAUUUUAACUAUUCUACUUGGAUUUUAUAAAUUUGUGUAAACUAUUAGUGUUAUAAUGUAUGAACUGUUAUAAAUAUUCAUUGUUCGAAGUGUAUUAAUUACAGUGCGUGCGCUUAGAUUGUUAUCGUAGAGCCUUACUUCAAUUGCGGAAGAAAAAUCAAUAAUGCAGUUUCGUUCCUACUUCUACGCCGCAUUCUGUUAAUUUUUAUUUAACUGUAUUUAACUAAAAUUAAAUCAACAAUAACGAUGUGCCUCAAGAAUACGUUUAUCAUACCGAAUUUAUAAGAAAAAAAAAAUGGAAGGUGUACUUUCUCAGAGAAUGUCACCACUUUUGAAAUGUAUAAUUUUAUUCCUAUUUAUUUUCACGGCAAAAGUGCUCACAUCUCAACCUCAAGAAUCCACGGAUAGCAGGAACAACAUUCAUCACCUAAAACCUUCACAUUAUGUUAGAACUUUCACUAAAUACCACCACAGAAGAACAAAUCAAUGGAAUAGCAUGCAUGAUACAGGUUACUGGCCUGUGUAUGAUCACCCUAAACACAUAGGAAAAAGAAGUGUUCCAAGUUCAAAUGAGCUGAAUGCAUCUGACAGAGAUUUGAAUCAGUUAGUCUCUGACUCUGUUAGAGGUAACAUCAUUGGGGUGUCUGAUAAAACAGGAGUUAAGGAGGAAAUACCUAAUGAGGUUAAAAAAUACAAGCCCAAGGUUACAACUACUACUGGUCCUACAACUCAGACCAAUAUAACAUGUCUUUAUAAGAUUCAUAAUGUGGCUUUGAGUGUCACUCCAUCUUAUAAUGAUGAUAAAAAUGCACAGCUUGUUGUGGAAAAUGAAAUAUUUGAUACUGGUACACUAUCAGAGACAACUCUACCGGAUGGGGAGGUGGUGCAGGUGGAACAAUGCACGGAUCCUCGAGCCUAUUGCUAUACUCUGUGGCAUCAGGAUAAUGAGGGCAAUAUCACUGUUCUCGGACAAGGCUGUUGGCGUUCCUCGCACGGUGGGAAUAACUGCGACAAAUGUACGCGCGUGACCGCUCGCCUGCCCGGCAGCAAGUUCUGCUGCUGCACCAAGAGCAACUGUAAUGCUGAUUUUACAUCGCUACGGGAAGAAACGGUCACAAUAAAAGCGGAAUCGACAAUGGAGAGCGCGGCAACACACCCGAACUACUCGAGCGCAGUCGCGGCGGCCAUCUUGGCGUUGGUCGCCAUUUUGUUGAUGGCGAUUGUGUUUCGUAAAGUGUACUGUAAUAGGAUUGAAUUAGAUAAGGACGAAAUGAGCGAUGGUGUGGAUUUGGAGAAAGGUGACGUCAUGGGCAGUGGUCCUGAUGCACUAGCGACCGGACUCUCAUGCGUUGAUAAUAUCACACUUAUAGAACAUAUAGGUCAAGGGAAAUUCGGGUCGGUGUGGCGCGGAAGUCUGGGUUCGACUCCCGUCGCCGUGAAAUUGUACACCAACCCGAGCGCGUGGCACAAGGAGGCGGCGAUAUACGCCAUCCCACAUCUCGCCCACCCGAAUAUAUUGAGAUAUUAUGGCAGCGACAGCCGUCCAUCGCUCACCGACACCGGGGGACGGUCCCAUUUACUCGUGCUCGAGCUGUGCCCUAUGUCCCUGCGGGAGCGGCUCAUACAGGCCCCCGUUACAUGGCUGGAGUUCGCGACUUUGGCCCACGGACUCGCCUCCGCUUUGGCCCAUUUGCAUACACCCUCUGGCAGCAAGCCGUGUAUACCGCGGGCGAAGCCGGGGCGAGCGUCUAGUAUAGAAAUGAACGGAUAUACAUUGCGGUUUCAGACACUGGUGUGCCGCAACAAGGCGCGGCCGCCGCUGCCGCGCGCGGCGCCGGGCGAGGCGAGGGCGCUGAAGAUAGCCGCGGACACCUGCGAGGAGUGCUGGGACCAUGAUGCGGAGGCUAGAUUAACCGCUGUUUGCGUGGAGGAGCGCAUGGCUGAACUAAAACUGAUGCUGCUCGUUCAAGGGCCGGUCAUUCAUGAUAACAAUUUGCAUCCAAAUCAACCAGAAACUAACACGCAAAUAACUCCGAACGAUGUCGACAAGAACUCCAACUGCGUACCACUGCAAAAUGGUGACGUCACAACCCCCCUUCUUUACCCCCACCCACACAUUGGCAGGAACGCGUGUAUAGAACGCAACACCAAUACAAACACACAGACGCACACAGUGGAACUCAUACACAAAAGCCUCAAGGAUAUCACGGCUCCAGCAGAACCAAAACCGCAAUCGGUCACCGAAAAUUGUCUAUCCGUUGCCAGGAUCAGUCACAACAGACUGCAAACACAAGAAAACUCCGAUAGAUUGAACGAAAUUCGCUCGUACCAGAGGCCCCUAGAUUACGUACAAAAUGACGUAAGCGCCCCCGAAGAAAGAGGCCCAAAACAGACUAAUCUAUUGCAAGAGCAAAAGGACAAGAAGUGGGGCAUAAGAAAGUUCUUUGAGAAGAAAUUGAACAAAACACCCAAAGAGACGGAGGUCAAAUUGGUCGCAGAGAAUAUAACGCAAAAUGGCAGAACGAAAACGUCAGUUGUGGACAAACCCAGCAACAUUGACUUCGACAGGCCGACCAAUCUCGGCAUACAGGACAGACCGUACAAUUUCGAAGCACCCUGUACACUGUCGCCUCCAAAUAAAACGCUGUCGCCCACGAUGCUAAUGGAGUCCGACAUGAAUACGGUGUUCAGAGAACUACCCGCGAGAGACAACAACGAGAGAAACCAAGUAUUCGCCGUGAUAGUGCCGAAAGUGAAACCGGAAUCGAACCAGAACAAAAUCAAAGGGAGCUCCGAGAGCCUGAACAAACGAUCGGUUCGAACGUCCAUGUCGUCGCAGAGCAUGAAAGCUGGACAUUCAGAAUCGGAGGACUCCACCCUGAAGAAGCGGCUAAGCUGCGACAAUCCCAUCACAAACAGCGCAGGGUCGUCGCGAGCCAGCAUCAAUCUAGAGCUGCAGUACCUACCCAACCAAACGGACGCCUUCAACAACGAUAGCCCAUUUGAUAUGAACUCGGAUUGCUCGAGCAGCGAAGACGAACACCUAAUGCUACUAUCAGAGAACAACGGCGCGAAAAUAACGAUUCAAACGGUGGCGAAACCCAGUGAAAUGGAUAAGAAGAAACACCAGAACGAAGUGCUGAAAGAGGCGAGCCACACGAAAACCGACUUUACGUUCAACAAAUUCCAAAAUAAAUACACGAAUUUCGACAACGAGUUUAGCGAUUCGAACGAUAAAGAGAACUUGGUGAACGGCUAUAGCGGCGAUAAUCCCGUGUACAUUGCGGCGCUGAACGGGGAGAUCGACACCAGCGAGCUGAAAAUACUCGACGAGGGGCAAAAGAAACCGUCGCUAAAGUCGUUAGCGAUCAAACGGCAACACUCGUUGGAGCAAGUCAAUGAGAUAUUCUCGUCAUCCGGCGAUUUGCACUUGCAGAAUCCGGCCGGAAGGGUUAAGACUCCCGGAGACUUGCCGGUUGCCAUACGCAGGGCGAGACGGGACAGGGCCUUGCAAAAGGGCAGGGCCAGUGAAUCCAACAGAUUGAGUUUGUACGACGAUAGAAUGAUGUUCGGAAACAGUCUUUAAUUAUUUUUUUUUAUGGUCUAUUUUCCAUUAUCUCAGAUUUUAAUUGGUGGAACUAAAGCCUCGUUUGCAUGAUUUACAUUUCUUAAGCGAUAUUUGAUCGACAAUGUUGUUAAAAAAAAUUCUUUCAACACGCGGUCUCUGCAACACUCAGUGUUGCUGUGACAUGUUGACAACAAUUCAGCAACAUGUUGGAGUUUGUUGCUAAACAAAUGGAUGAGAACGGGGCUUUAUGUGAAGAGAUAAUUAAGUUUAAACGCAUUCCAUAUUCAAAUACAUUAUACAAUUAAAAACGAUAGACUUACAAAUGAAUGGUGGGUUUUUUGGCUUUUUUAUUAUAUUGUUACUAUAAUACUGAGUGUUAUUAUAGUACGAACGUAGUUUUUUUACUGUGCUUUAUUUUGACGUUAUCUAUGGCUAUUUUAUACACACAUUUAAAGUUUUCUAACUUGCACCAUUACUCUUAAAAAAUACGUUCAUUAAUUUAUAAAUGUUAUGUAAUUUUAUCUAUAUAACUAAUUGAACAUAUUUUUCAGAACUGUCUUAACAGAUUUCUUUUUUGCUGUGAUAAAAAAAUUAUUACUUAUUAAAUAGCCUUCAAAUUAUCGUAAAAAAUAUUAGAUCCAGUUAAUUCUUGGUCUUUUUUUGUCAUUGAGCGAUUUAAGUGAAUUUUCUUUUAGCUUUGUAAAGAGAUCGCGAUUUUUUUCCGAACGAAACCAUGGAGCAAAGUAAUAGUUUUACAUACACAUUUUGACGUUCUAUUGAUACAGGCAAUUAAUAAAAAUUGAAAUAACAUAAAUAAUAGAGUACUAUUAUAUUUAAAAAGGCGAUCCAUAGAUAAUAUUGUGUUCUAUUGCAUUUACAAUUUUAAUAGAGGUUUUAACAUCACACGUUUCUUAUUAUUAUUAGAUUUUUGUUUGAAAUUAACAAUUUAACCUAAGUUAAAAUCAUGAAAAUAAUUUCACAUUCGAUGCAAUGUUGCUGUCUCCCUCUUACACUGAUGUAUUUGAUGCUUAAGAGAGAGAUAGCAUGAUUGUCAGUUCACAUGAUAAUGUCAUUUUGUAGGGUAGUAUUAUAAUACACAAGAGCGAAAUAUUCUUGUUUUACUAAUAAAAGGGAUAUUACACCAAUUAAUAAAUAGUCAUUUUUCAAUUGUGUGUCAAAAAUUAUAAAGCGCUACUCUAUGUAUGGAUAUUUUAGUAGUGUCGUCUUA